CACAACCUGGAUAUUCGAUGGUAAUAAACAAAAUGAAGGACAAGCCCCGAAAAAUCGUUUAAAGGGAAUAAUUAAGAAACGUUUCAGUAGGGCUAAACUUCAGGUGAAGUGGACUGGCCAUGGAUGGCGGCUUGUUGUCACUGAAGUGGAACAACCACCGCUCCACGUUCUUCUAUGUGCUCUCCACAGUUAGAAGAAAGGAGUCCUAUUGUGAUGUUACCUUAGCCUGUGAUGGAAAAUUUUAUCCAGUACACAAACUGGUUUUGUCAACAUGUAGUGAUUAUUUUGAACAAAUGUUUGAAAAGACAAACUGUAAACACCCCAUAAUAGUGUUGAAAGAUAUUAGACAUGAGGACCUUGAGGCUCUUUUGAACUACAUGUAUGUUGGUGAAGUGAAUGUGUUACAGACAGACCUAUCAGGACUUAUCAAAGCUGCUGAGUGCCUAAGGAUAAAGGGGUUGGCUGUCCCUGAUGAAGCCCCUAGUGAACGUGACGCCAGCCAGGAUGGCAAAAGAAAUGUGCCAUGGUCCAGUGAGGGACCCGAUGCCAAACGUAGAAAACCUGAGGAACCUGUGCUGCAGAAACCCAGUCAAAACACAGUAGAGAAAUUAGGAAGGGAGCUCCCCCCAAGACCUCAGUUAAGCUUUCGAGAACCAUUCAGAGAACCACAGAGAUCCCGAGAGCCUCUCCGCCUACGCUCAAGUCCCAGCCCAGUUCUAUAUCCUUCCAGUCCAGAUACUCAGUUGCCAAGUGCCACAGGCCCAACCUCAUCACCGGAUGUUUCUCACACGACAACCCACGAACCAGCUCCAAGUGCUCAAGCGGACUCUGCCCCGCCUCCCUCCAAUUCAGACAAUGAAAUCAGCGGUGCAGGAGAGUCUGAGUUGAUAAUGGAUGAACCCCUAGUCAAGGAAGAACCACACGAUGAUUACUCUGAAGCAGACGAGACCAAAGAAUCCAUAAAGUCAACAGACUCCGAAGCUGGACUGAGUUACCCUGUUCAUAGUGAGCACUCGGGGAGUAUAGGGAGAGAGGUUGGGGGUGCAGGCUUUAAUCCCCAGGGCCUGCGAUCCUCCAGCCAACCUCAGACAAUGGAGGAUCUUGUGGCUCAGGCUCUUCCAGGAGCUUCUGGUCUGCAAGGGAAAACUUGGGAAGGAGACAGAAAUUUACUUGGAAUACCAUUUGAAGGAUUUUCAGGAAACCAAGGUUCACAAAUGGGUACACGGAUAGUCUCCGGAACAGGCCAGGCGGCAAGUCAGUACCCUAUGGUGUAUAAUCCACAUGAAGAAAUGCUGGUCCAAGGAAGUUUAGAUGGACAGAAACUCUUUUGUGAUCAGUGCAGCUACAAGGCUCGUGAUAGCACCAACCUCCGAAGGCAUAAGCGGAUCCACACUGGAGAGAAGCCUUAUGCCUGCUCCUAUUGUAAUUACAGGUCCACUCAGAGCAAUAAUGUGAAGGCACACAUGAAAAGACUUCACCCAGAAAUCGGAUUCCAGUCCAAUAUCAGACAGGCUGAGAACGAGCAUCAGCUGUAGAUACUAGGCUUGUGGUGUUGGAGGGCUAACAACCAAAGUGCAUCUUGUUUUUAAGCCAAAAGUUCACUUGUUGAAUUAAAUAUAGUUGUGAAUGAUCAGACUUCAUGAUUGGAAAUUCCAUGAAAUAACAGUAAAAGAUAGUUUGCUCACAAGAGUGAGUUGAGCAUUACACUGUGUUGAAAUGGGUGAAUGAAUAAAUUAAUACUUUGACUAGUGAGUGCAUUCUUGAAUGGAAAUGUAAUUCAGAGUAUGCUUGAGUGAAAGUAAGAAAGUCUUUAUGUAUGCAUACAUACAUCACAAAGGGAAUGAGUGCAUGUAUGUGUGCAUAGUUGUUGUGUGUUUAGCUCAUUUGGUCCACUUGAAAAGGGGAGACCUUGUAUGAAAGACAUUUGUUUGAACUUCAGUAGAGAUGGAUAUCUGGUAAAUGAAAAUGAGUAUUAAAGUGAUUGUGUUUGUUUUCCCAGUAAUUUAUUUAACUCAAGUUUAUAUGAAAAAUGAGAUAUUUAUUUACAGUUUUAAAGUUCUGUAUAUACUCCAAGAUGGAAAAUAUUGUGUAUAGAUAUACAGUGAAUGUGUGAAUAUAUAUGUUUGGGUGUCAUUAUCAGCUCAGAGAAUUGUGAGCUGAAUUUUCUUAUUGUAGUUGAUGUAAAUAAGUGUUGUGAAAAUAAAGUAUGGUUUAAAAGUA